AUGGGCAAGAAUAGGAAAAAGGCGCCGCGCCGGGCUCCUUCCAAUCGCGGGGGGGAAGAAAUCGUCUUUGAUCCGCAAGCCCGACAGGCCUACCUGCAGGGAUUUUCGACGCGCAAACGUGAACGACGGGUCUACGGCUUGGCCAUGCAAAAGGUCAAGGACCGCAAGGCCAAGUUGGAACAACGCGCCGAAAUGAAAAAAGCCGUACUGGAACAAAUUGAAGAAGCCGAACAACAAAAAGAAGACUUGCUGUCGGGAAUUCUGGAAGAAAUUGGGGGACCACGAUUGCCAACCGCAAGCCCGGCGACGGAGACGCACAACUCGCGGAUGGAAGAACCGGUGGAACACGUACAAACGUAUCAAGAUGAAGCAACACAGUCGCACUGGGGAGGAGCCGUGAUUGUCACCACAUCCACACGCUUGCCCGACGAUUCCGACGAUGAGGAUGAUGGCGACGAACGACAACACCACCACCACAAAAGCAACACCCAAACAACUCAACCCCACCAAAAUCCGGAUCGUCGUGCCAAGAAAAAGUCGGUGGAUGCGGCUCAGCAGUACGCCGGGAACGUCGAACGAUUCAUGAACGAACUCAAAGGGAAAAUCCCAGGGAAAAAGAAACGCGAUGCCAAGCAUGCCAAACUGCACCAUCGCGGAAAUCACGGAGCUGCCAACAUGAAGGGCAUGGCCAAUUCUACCGAUUUGAAAAUUGCGCAAAAGGCUUUGUCGAGGUCGGAAGCCAAAGGCCGAGGAGGAGGAGGUAAAGGAGUGAGAGGUGGUGGCGGUAAGAAACGCAAGGGAGGAAGAUAA